CUACGUCACGAUUUGUUCCGCCCUCUCGGUUUUAACGAGAAAAAGCGUUGGAGUUCCCUCGGCCGAGCGACACAGCGAGCAGCCAGUGCACUUGUGCAAUCACCAACACCACCAUCAUCAUCAUCAUUAUCAUUGCUGCAUUUGAUUCAGAGACUUUUUAGAAGAAGAAGAAGAAGAAGCAAUGCAGAAAUAGCGCACAAAUUAAAAGGAAAAGAAGGUUGACUUGAAUAUUGAGGCAUUUUCAUUUCGACCGGGAACUUGGAUACAAUCAUAGCCGACUUCAGGGAUUGUUUUGGUUGGGGUUUUUUUUUUUUUUUUUUGGUCCGUGUUUUCUUUUCCACUUUAGGUCCUUAAAGCGCGCGGGAGACUGGAGACCGGGGGCGAGUUAAAGCCCGCGCGCUGUCGCCGACCGACCCGAGCCUCUUGAUUGAACUUGCUAUGACCGGUAAAUUAGCUGAGAAGCUCCCUCUUACCAUGAGCAGUUUAAUCAACGCCAUACCUGACAGCCUUUAUCCUGAAGAGGACAUUCCCACUUCAUCUAUGAACAUCUUCACCAGCACGGACUCCGUCUCGCACUACUCGCAAAUGAACACAGAUAAUAUCAUGGACUUAGGAAUGGGAGGUGAGAAGAGCAGCAAUGAGAUCCCGUAUGCUUCCAGUAGUUUUCAGUCCAGUCGAAGCGGGCAAACAGUUACAUAUUUGGGAAAGUUUGCCUUCGACACGCCUCCUUCGGGCAGCAUUGGCAGCUCAGGCUGGUGCCCGGAUAACAACAUCAUCAGCCUGGUGAGUGCUGGCAUCCUUGGUGUGUCUCCAUCACCAGGUAGCAUCACCACGCAGACAUCGUCAUCGGGCGGCAUGAGCGUCCAAUCGUCGGACAUUGACCAAGUGUACGCCCCGCCCCUUCCUGCCUACUCCGCCUGUGGUGACAUGUACCAGGAGCAGGUGGCGUUCCACCACAGUCCCGCAGCAUCGUCAUCGCUGCCCUACGCACCCUCUGAGUACCACAGUACCACCAAAGCUGUGGACGCCAGCCUCUUCUCCAUGAUACCUGACUACAACCUGUUCCAGCACCAAGGUGGCACAGGUGAAGCGGGCACCAUGGAGCACAAGCCUUUCCAAAGCGUCGAGCCCCUUCGCGUAAACCCACCACCUAUCACACCGCUUGAGACCAUUCGGGCGUUUAAGGACAAGCAGCAGCUGCAGCCGGGAUUUCUGGGCUCGCAGCAGCACCAUGUUUCCCAGCACCACCACCACCACCAGCCCCAAACUCUCACCCUUAAACCCGUGCGCCCUCGAAAGUACCCGAACCGACCGAGCAAGACGCCGGUGCACGAGCGUCCUCACGCGUGCCCAGCCGAGCACUGUGACCGGCGCUUCUCACGCUCUGAUGAGCUCACACGCCACCUGCGCAUCCACACAGGCCACAAGCCCUUCCAGUGCCGCAUCUGCAUGCGCUCGUUCAGCCGCAGCGACCACCUGACCACACACAUCCGCACACACACCGGCGAGAAGCCGUUCUCCUGUGACUUCUGUGGACGCAAGUUUGCUCGCAGCGACGAGCGCAAGCGCCACGCCAAGGUGCACCUCAAGCACAAGGACAAGAAACCUGCAGAGAAGGCAGGCAGCUCGAGCGCCACAGCGACGACGGCGACUCGCUCAUCUCCACCUGGUUCCUGUGGGAGCAGCGGGGCCGGUGGGGCCAACGUCCUGACUGUUACCACGUGCGCAUAGGACUGAGAGUGGCGUUAGAACGAUGGAGGAAGAAACUGAGCUCUUUUUCCUUUCUUCUGAAAGGCCUAGCCAUGGACUCUUACAAACUCUCCCUCUCUUCAUGCAUUAGUUCUUUGGUUACAAUGUUUUUAUAAAGUGGUACAGUCACAUUCACGUUGACCCUUAACAGCGGGUUGAGGGGACACACUAGUGUUUAAUGGCAGGGAGAAUAGCAGAGUGGGGUAGCAGCCGGUGGACAGUCAGGUCAUCCCAGGAAAAAAAAAAAAAAAACAGGGCACUUUUAUUUAUUUUUUGGGGGGGGGGAGCAUUACAGGCUCAGGGAGUCCUAACUUCCGGCUCCAUGGACCUAUACUCCAGUGAUAUUCCAGUCUGGCUCAGAUUAGUACGUUUUUGUUUUUAAAAUAGUAUAGAAUAGGCAUAGGCUACAAGCUAACCUACACUUGCCGUCGAUUUAUUUUUUUUACACCGUAUUUCAGUUUGUCUCUGGCUCAUCAAAUAUGAAAAAGUGCAAUUUAAUUUCCUCAACUUUCUUAAUACUUUGUUUGUGCUGCACUUUGGUUCCUGUUCUUUUUUUUUUAUAUAUAUAUAUAUACUGCUCGUUAAUUAUUUAAUUGAUGAUUUUAAAAAAAAAAUACUACAGCCAGUUUUUUGUGUGUUGUCCUUCUCGUGAGCGUAGCAGGGCUUGUUCUGGUGAAGCUACUGGAUGAUCAGGUUUAAAGGAAAACCUUGAAAGGCUCAGUGAGUUUGAGUAUCAAGUGGGUGUUUUCUUGUGUAAUUAGACUGCAUUAUCUUAAUAUCUCAAAAUCCCAUCAGUACAAUUAAAGGGAUCUGGACGCCUUUUUGGUAAACAGGAGCAGAUUGCCUGUACUGUACUGUACAAUACCACAAAAAAAAACAAAAAAAGCAAGUGUGUGUCUUGGCAUCCGAGCUCCUUAAGUGCAGUUUACUUCUUCGCAUGAAAUUAAGAUAAGAUCUGUGGUGUUUACUUGGAGUACGUAAUCUGGUCAUGCCAAAAAGCUACAUGUACUUUAUUUAAUGCCGAGAUUUGUAACCGUCCUGCCAUUUCAUUGUUUUUAUUUUUAUGACUAUGAUAGUGAUUUUAAAUUUUUUUUUUUUUUGUCUCCAGUCUGUAUGCCUGCAUGCGUCAUAUGUUGGUAGUGUGUCUGGAUUAGCACUGAAACAAAGGACAUUUCUGGGAGCAAUAUGCGUGGCACCUCAACCCCUCAUCACGGAGUUAAAAGAAAUGAUGUGAAAUGUGAAAUUGUUCACGUUUGUGUCAUUAUGAUAUUUAUGUUUGUGUCUUUGUUGUUGCUGUUGUGUCGUUGCUGAUGAUUUCUCACUGGUAGGUUUAGGUUUCAUGCGUGCGUCCUGUUUGCUCUCACACACACACACACACACACACAUGCACGCACAGCCAAAAAAUGAUGGAAAUAACAGCCUUGGAGCAUUAACACACUCGGCUAAUCUGGGAUGCUGGCUUGGCUUUCUGACUGAACUCAGCCAUACGCAUGCCAUUCGAGAUGUUUUUGGAUAAAAACAGUUUGGACGUUCUUUUGUUAGUUUGUUUCUUUCUUUUGUUUUGUUGUUGUGUUUUUUUUUUUAUUUCUUCUCCUCCUUACAGCUCUGAGAGGCAGCAGCAGUCACGUAGUAUCUCCACGUCUUUUUUUUUUUUUCCUCCUACAUGGAACACACUGAGAGAUUCUGACUAUCCGAGAGGGAUCGUCUUUUGUACAGCCGCUUAUAUAAACACACGACUACGUGUUUUCUACGAAGAAUGUACAGUUUAAAGGAAAGCAAUGUGCUUCAGUAUUAUGGUGUGUGUCCGUGCGAACACACGCCCCCGAACUCCAAACUCCCAGAUCCGAUCUGGACGCAUAGGGUGUGUUAACAUACAUUUCUGAAGACUGUGUACAUAAUGCAGAAUGUGUUUUUUGUUUGUUUGUUGUUUUUUUUUUUUUUAACUGUGAGUACGUUUAAAAAAAGGAGAAGCGUUGUCCAACAGUGUCAAACCUGAUGCAUCCUACGUCCUGAAAUAUUGUUUUUGUGCAUAAUAUACAAAGAUGGAGACACACUGAAUGAUGUGUUUAUUAAAGAAAUAAACCAUAAGGUUAUU